CAAACCCUUUAUUAUAUAUUUACACUUGUUUUGGUUUCUCAAUCAUUUUCCGCCUUCUCUCUCCCCGCCAUUGAGUCGAAACGGAGUGCUAGACACACUAAAGACAAUUGUGAGAGAGUUUAGAAGAGUGAUUUGAAGAUCCAAGGGGCGAAGAAGAAGGCGAUGAGGUUCUCCCAAAUCUUCGUGAAGGCUUCUUCUUCUUCUUCUCACAGCCGAAACAGAUCAGCUUCAGCUUCUUCGCUGCUGCUUUCCACUGCCUCACGUUCCUUCUCACACCUUCGCUCUCCAUCCCAACGGCCAUCUUUCGGCAUUGCUUUCGACAUCGACGGCGUCAUUCUUCGCGGCAAUACUCCCAUCGGAGGAUCUCCUCAAGCUCUCGGAAGAUUAUAUCACGAUUCAUUCGGUACUUUGAAAGUUCCCUAUGUUUUCUUGACAAAUGGAGGUGGAGUCCCUGAAUCUAAAAGAGCCUUUGAAUUGAGCAAACUUUUGGGUGUCAAUAUUUUACCUUCACAGGUUAUACAAGGCCAUACACCUUUCAAACAGCUGGUAAAGAGAUUUGAGAAUGAUCUCAUUAUUGCCGUGGGAAAAGGAGAACCUGCUACAGUGAUGUCUGAAUAUGGUUUCAAAAAUGCUUUCUCAAUAGAUGAAUAUGCAUCUUGCUUUGACAACAUUGAUCCUUUGGCACAAUUUAAGAAGUGGACAACUGGACAUGUUAAUCAGAACAACACUAUUAGAAGCACUGCUUGCACACAGAGGGUGCAUGCAGCAUUCAUUGUGAGUGAUUCUGUUGACUGGAGCAGGGACAUUCAGGUUCUCUGUGACAUUUUAAGAACUGGCGGUUUUCCUGGUAGGGAAAUUGCACACCAACCUUCUUUGUAUUUUGCAAAUGAUGACCUUGAAUACCAGGCUGUAUUUCCAUCUGAACGACUAGGUAUGGGUGCUUUCAGAAUUGCAUUAGAAUCCAUCUUCAACAGCAUUCACCCUAAUGCUCUCGAAUAUACAUCUUUCGGGAAGCCAAAUCCUUCUGUAUUCAGGAAUGCUGAAACUGUACUGAUGGAAACCGUGCCUUCUUCAUAUCAGUCAGCAAAUCAUGUAACUGGUGGAAAUCAUGUUUUUAGAACCCUGUACAUGAUAGGAGAUAAUCCUUCAGUUGACAUCAAAGGUGCAAAGCAGGCUGGACAUCCUUGGUUUUCCAUUCUGACAAGGACCGGGGUUUUUAAGGGAAAGAAAAAUCAUGCUGAGCAUCCAGCGGAUCUGGUUGUUGACACUGUUGAAGAGGCAGUGGACUAUAUCUUCAGAAAGGAGGGCAUUUCUGGAGGCAAGCAAAGACAGUUGCUCAGCGACGGACCUGAAUUCUCCUCCAGUGAGAAUAAUGGCUCUUGUCGGAGAUGGUAGCGUCUGCCCUCUGUUAUCCGCAACAUGGCUCAAAGUCAUGGUCCACACAGUAAGGAUCGUAGAGCAAAGUAAUUCCAAUUUCAUAUUAUUAUUGUUGUUUUUGUCAAUUUCGACGAGAGUUUGUUUCGUGUCGACUUUGGAUUUUGAUUUAUUUGACUUGUUAGCUGAUGAACCUUUAUGCAAUGUGGAGAUUAUUACAACAAAUAAUGCCUAAAAAUACUUGUAAAAUUCUAA